GGAAUUCUGGUAACCAUUUUUGAAGCUCUUAAGAAAGAGAAUGCUUCGCCCACUUUUCAAUCUUCCAUGGGCCAACUUUGAUGUUCAGUCCCAAAGCUCGAACCUAUCCCAUAGCCCGGCCCACAUUUCCCUCUUCAGACCCAGCUUAGAGUAGAUGCAGAGCGGAUAAGAAACUAGAAGCUCUUCAUUUUCCUUCGUCAUUUUCCCCCAGACGAAUUGGAAGCACGAAUGGCGCUCACUCUGAGCAACACAUUCCUCCAACGGAAGCCCUCUCCCCCAGUUCUACCUCUCCAGAAGGCGAAGACAAGGGUGGCAAAUCGGCUGCAGUUGUCGUGCAGGAAGAAGGAUAUACACCCGGAGUUCCACGAGGACUCUAAAGUUUACUGCAACGGCGAGCUAGUGAUGACCACCGGUGGCACGCAGAAGGAGUACUCGGUGGACGUAUGGUCCGGCAACCACCCCUUCUACCUCGGCGAUCGCUCCGCCAUCUUCGUCGUCGACGACCAGGUCGAGAAGUUUCGUAAGAAGUACGGCGAGAACUCCCAGAUAAUGCAGAUCCCCGUCCUUCACGGCGAGAUUGUGCUGCCCCCAAAGCUCAAAUCGUCUAAAGCAGGCAGGAAGAAGUAGCUGUACGCACUCACUCGUAUUGCUGCUAUUUGCGUUCGCUGUAAAAGAAUUUUCAGAGAAAAUUGAAUUAGGGGUUUGCUGUUGUAUUCCCGGUAAGUGUAUCUUGAUGGCGUCUUUCUUCAAUUAUUAUUAUUAUUAUUUUUUUAUGGAAACCAGCGCAUGUUUUGUAUGUGGAAAUCUGUUCUUUUUCUGUGUGAACGUGAACGAGUAAAUAUUUCUUCAUUGUAUGGCGGUCAGUUGGUGAAAUUGAAAGAUGCUGCCCUCAUUUGGGAUUGUGUUAUGAAAA